AUGACGACACAAACUAUCGACGGCCUAGAGCCUCGAUUCUCUCUCCCACCAAGCACUCCCCUCUCAAGCAAGACCGAGCUGGUCAUCGGCGGGCUCAAAGUCUACAUCUAUGGACUAGAUGAAGUGAAUCUUAACAGGUCUCCCGAUCGUAAUGGAGACAUCGCGGUGCUUUAUAUGGCGCAUAACCGAACCCGCACGUAUCGUGUCAUGGAAGACAUGGCCCAUGAAAUCUUGCAUCGAUACCGAAUGGAUACGAGGAAGGGUAAACGACUGGGGCUAAUUGCCCUGACGAUGAAUAUGAGGAAUCAUGGAGAUCGAGAGAUUUUCCCUCAAGCAAAUACGACUUGGAAAGAGGGCAACGAGAAUCACGCAAUGGACUUGACAUCCAUGAUCUCCGGGUGUGCGCAAGACUUUAAGCUUGUGGUGGACUACCUUCCCUGUUAUCUCCCCCAGUUUAGUCGGUUUUAUAAUAUCAUGGCUGGCGUAUCCCUCGGAGGACACACUGCCUGGCGUAUUGCUUCCUUGGCAGCCCCCGGCCAGUUCUGUGCAUACACAAUGAUUGUUGGAUGCCCUAACUUGACGCCCUUGUUGCUCAGUCGACUAGGAAUUGAUACGGAAGACACGUUGAAGUACGACGAUUUGGAACCGAUCAUGACACCAGAGCAACAGCGCCGAUGGCCGCGCGCUCUGGCCGAGAUGAUUUAUCGGGAUGACGUCAAAGUCACAGACCACUUUCCCACAAAUGUGCCCUUGUUGUUAUGCAAUGGUGUGCACGACAAGCUAGUGCCGGCAAAGUAUACAGCUGCGUGGCUAGAGGAGAGACGGCGCAAGGAGGUACCAGGUAGUGAGCAGGAUAUCACUUUUUAUGUACAGGAGAAUACGGGUCACAGCUGUACUAAGGAGAUGAUUGCCAUGUUGGCGGGGUGGUUAGGAGAUAUCCUUAAUCCUCACACUCCUCGGUCGACAUUAUAG